CUCUCUCUCUCUCUCUCUCAAACCCCAAUCCCCCAACUCCAUUCUCAAAAAAUUAAAAACAAAGCAAUGAUGGGCAUAAUCCCUUUUUUUUAGUCCCAAUUCUUUCCUUCCCCCCCAAUUUCCAUAACUACUAGCCCGGUUUCCACUACAACUUUAUCAAUUUAUCCUCAACUUAUACCCAACUUAAAAUCAGUCACCCCCAAGAAAACUCUUUUCACUCCCCAAAUCUUUUCUUCAAAAAAUCCAAAAGCUUUUUUACCCAUCACUCCAAAACUUGCCUAAGAUCUUAUCUCCCAAUUCCUCACACUCUUGACACACACACACACACACACACACACACCACCAUGUUCUCAUCAACCCCAUUCGUUCUCACCUUUGCUCUCUUCCUCACAGUCCCUCUCCUCUUCCUCAUCGCCCCUCAGAUCCUCCCACCCAAACAAGUCCCACUCCCUCCCCCAAACAACGAACUCGCAGACCUUUCCCUUUUCAGCAAAGCCACAGUCGCUUCCACUCCCUCACAGCGCUCAGUCCACUCUCGCCUGGGCACCCACACCAACCCAAAACCCAAAAUCGCUUUCCUUUUCCUCACCAACUCCGAUCUCACUUUCUCGCCCUUGUGGGAAAAGUUUUUCAACCAAAAAAAAAACAAGCACCUCUUCAACAUCUACAUCCACGCCGACCCUUCCGCCACAAUAACUCCCCCUACAGGCGUUUUCGAAAACAAGUUCAUCCCCGAGGCCAUGAAAACCUCACGCGCGUCGCCCUCACUCAUCUCCGCCGCGCGUAGGCUCAUCGCCAAGGCCCUCCUCGACGACCCUCUGAACCUUUACUUCACACUCGUCUCGCAACACUGUAUCCCAAUCCACUCCUUCGACUACGUCUACAACUUCCUCUUCCACAACACCCUCAACCGAAACAAAAGAACCAAACAGCCAUUCUCGAUCUUCCCGAACUACCAAAGCUUCAUCGAGAUAAUCUCGGACGACCCGAACUUGCUCGACAGGUACAACGCGCGCGGCGACAACGUCAUGCUCCCCGAAGUCCCGUUCGAGCGAUUCAGGGUCGGAUCUCAGUUUUUCACGCUGAACCGAAAGCACGCUCUGAUGGUCAUCAAGGAUAAGAAGUAUUGGAAGAAGUUCAAGCUUCCGUGCUUGAAUCUCGACUCGUGUUACCCUGAAGAGCACUACUUUCCUACGCUCUUGUCCAUGGAGGAUCCUGAAGGGUGUACCCAUUACACGCUCACGAAUGUGAAUUGGACUGACAGUGUUGAUGGGCAUCCCCACUUGUACACGCCCGAGGAAGUGUCGAAGGAGCUUGUGUACAAGUUGAGGGAAUCGAAUUCGAGUUACUCUUACCUUUUUGCAAGGAAGUUCACUCCUGACUGCUUGAAGCCAUUGAUGGAGAUCGCCGAUGAUGUUAUUUUCCGAGACUGAAAUGAAACCGGACAUUGAAUGGAAUCUUUGGACUUGGAAAAUGGGAAAAAGGAGUGAUGCUUUUGAAUUGGAGUGUGGGACAAAGGCCCAGACCCAAAGUGAAUAGAUGAAGCUUCGUCAUAGUUGUUUGUCUUUGUAUAGAACAAGUUUAGACCACGAGAAUCAAAAAACCUUAAAGCUUUGUCGGCCUUUUUUUUGACCUUUUUCUUGUUGAAUGUAUCUAUGUGUGUGGGCGGUGGGCGGUGGGCUUAGCGAGGAGUGGGAAAAAAGCAGUACCAAGGCACAUUGCUUUUAUCCUUUUUUAAUUGAACCAAAAAAAAAAACUCCCCUUUGCUCCUUGCGCCAACCUUGCUUUUAAGCUGUAUCUAUAUUUAUGUUAAUUAUUUUACUUCCACUUUCGUCUUCUU